GGAAGCCCGUACAAAUCGAUCCAACGGCUAGAGAUGCACUGAGGACAAGGAGAGAAGCACGAGUUUUCUGAACGGCGUCGACAAUGGCGGCGUUCCUCUUACUCCGAAGACAGGUCGGCGGCGCGUUGCCUAGGCUGCAACAGCCGUACGCCAGGCUAUCCACCGCAGCAGCUAGGCAGGACACUCUAGACGCUGGAUGCACCGGCAGCAAGGAGGACCGGGGGAACAAGAACCGGUGGAGGGAACUCCCACCAUUCGCGCCGCUCGACAUCACCGCUGCCGCGAGAGCCAUUUUAAGAGGGAAAGGCGGAGAAGCUGAAGAGACCUCCAGCUCCACGGCGAUCAGGUGGGUCCGCCGGUGCUGCCCCGACCUGCCGGCCUCGCUGGUGCAGAAGCUCUUCCGUCUCCGCAAGGUUAAGAAGAAUGCUCUGACUGCUGAGACCUCUUCCACAGAUGCUAGUGCUGAGCAAUUCCAGUUGAAAAGGGUUUCAGCCAAAGAUUACCUACUGCCUGGUGAUACCCUCUUUCUACCUGUUAAUAUUCAAGAAUCUUCUGUUGCUGAGAAGACCAGGAAAUUUGAUAACAGGAAUGAGAUUGAUUUUUUACGUAGCCUUGAGAUUUAUAAGGAUAAAGCCAUUAUUGUGAUCAACAAACCCCCUGGAAUGCCGGUGCAAGGUGGUGUUGGCAUAAAAAAUAGUAUUGAUGUAUUGGCCCCGAUGUUUGAAGAAAAUUCUUCUGAAGCACCUCGCCUGGUCCACAGGCUGGAUAGGGAUUGCAGUGGCGUCCUUGUUCUGGGGAGAACUCAACUUAGCGCUUCCAUUUUGCAUGCUAUAUUUCGUGAGAAAACUGCUGAUGCUUUAGCUGAUGGUACUCAACAAGUGUUGCAAAGAAAAUACGUUGCACUUGUUAUCGGAACACCUAGACAUUCCAAGGGUUUAUUGUCGGCUCCACUUGCGAAGGUUUUAUUACAAGAUGGCAAGUCUGAACGUCUGACUGUUAAGGCGGGGCCAAAUACUACUUCUGUCCAGGAUGCUUUGACAGAGUACCGGGUGAUUGAAUCUUGCCCCCAAGGGUUCACUUGGUUAGAACUGUUUCCUCUUACUGGAAGAAAGCAUCAGCUCCGAGUCCACUGCGCAGAGGUUCUUGGAACGCCAAUAGUUGGAGACUACAAGUACGGACGUCAAGCUCACCAGAACUGGAGCCCUCUCCCCGCGCCGCAAGCCAUUGAGGAGGAAUUGCUUAAGAAACGGAGGCUUCCCUUUGGUCUUGUCCUGGGAGGUGGAAGCGUCGUGGAGGAGCAGCCUCAGUUGCAUCUACACUGCAAGCAAAUGGUGCUUCCUGAUAUCUCAGCUGCAGUCCAAGGACUGCAGUCUGAAGACGCCGAUCGCGAUUUCUCGGAUCUUGAAAAGCUCAGCUUUGUUGCCCCAUUGCCGCAACACAUGCGGCUGAGUUGGGAGGUUUUGAAGUCUGUAAACAAGUAACUGAAGAGUGCCAUCUUGAAUCUGUUUAGUGUUUAUCAUGCUGUGACAUCUGACUAUGAUGGGGAUGAUGUUUUGCACAAGAUAACCACAGAAGCUUAAGCAAGAGACCUUUUUGAUAUUUUAGAUUUAACUAUUUUAAACUUGUAACAUCUUUUUCUUUUGUUAUGGAAACAACUUUUUCGACCUGAAA